AAGAAUCAAGAUUAAGAUUAGUCAAGUAUAAGAAUAAGGAGCGGCGCAUUUGUUAAACCUCGAAUAAACCUCUAACUGUAAUCUUUAUUCAUCCUCUCCUCUCUUCCAUUUUCGUUUGCUCUUUUGUUAGGGUUCUAGUUCUUAGACUGCAUUUUUUUCUUCUUCUCAAUACCAAUUUUGGAGGGCUUGCAAGGUUCUGAAAUAAUCAAUCGGAACAUUGCGCCGGCUAUUUGGUCGUCGUUCCGUACUGUUGUGGUUCGGUGCAACGUUUGGCGUUUAAGGAAGAUGAUGCUUGCUAAUGGUGAUGAUGAUGGCACAGUGAAUUGUACAGGCCUUGUUACAACUGCUAAUAUCGAUGUGAUGACUUCAGACUUGCAGCCAAAUAAGUGCAGGAGAAAAAAGUCUAUUGUUUGGGAUAACUUUACUACUGAAAUUGUUAGUGCUGACUGUACCAGGGCUAUUUGUAAGAAGUGCCAGAAGUCAUUUGCUUACAUUACUGGUAAAAAACAAUCAGGAACCAGCCACCUCAAGCGACACAUAUUAGGUAUCUGCCCAGCAGAUCGUGCUAGGAACGAACUUUCAGCGUCUCAAAAUGGCAUUGUUAGAGCUCCAUCAAAAAAGCGCUACAGAGCAUCCCCUGGGUCUGUAACCGUCGCCUUAGAUCAAGAACGCUAUGUUAGUGAAAUAGCUAGAAUGAUUAUACUUCAUGAAUACCCAGUAUCCAUGGUGGAAGAUCCUGGAUUCAUUGGCUUUGCUCGGUUGCUUCAACCACACUUAUCUAUGGUGAGUUUUGACGCUGUGCAGAAUAAAAUUGUCACCAUGUAUACUAGAAUGAAGAAUUCUCUUGUUAAUACUCUUGCUGAAAUCCCUUCGCGUGUCAGCCUCUCUAUAGAUCUCUGGACUUCAGACCACACUGUAGGUUAUGCUAUUCUGACUGGGAGCUUUAUUGAUGUGGAUUGGAAGUUUCAUUGCCGGGUUCUCAAAUUUGUUCUAGUACCAUUCCCUAAAUCACAGGUUGCUUUCAAUGAUGCUGUUAUUUCCUGCCUGUCUGAGUGGGGUUUGACGAGCAAGCUGUUUGCACUUUCUAUAGAUAUGUCUUGUGCAGAAAAAUCUGUUACUGAGAAUCUUAGCUCCCUGCUUUCUAAAACAUGUCAAUAUAUGCCGAAUGGUCGAACGAUAAUAUCAAAUUGCUAUGCCCGUGCCAUUAAUCGUAUGGCAAUCGAAGCCCUUUGCGCUUCAAAAGAAGCUGUUACCAAAGUUCGUGACUGUGUGAAGUAUAUAAAAGCCAUGGAUCUUAGUCAACAACUCAAAGUCCCUUUGGGGCAGAGUUUAGUCAUUGAUAAUCCACAAAUGUGGGAUUCAACUUACUAUAUGCUGUCCACAGCGUGCGAGGUUAAGGAAGUUUUUUCCCGUCUAGAAACUGAUGGUCCUGAUUACAAGCAAGCUCCUUCAGUGGAUGACUGGAUGUGUAUAGAGGUCCUAUGUACCUAUUUGAAACUAUUUUUAGACGCAUCUGCCAUUCUCACAACUGAAAACUACCCUACUGCUGAUACUUUUUUCCUUGAAGCUUAUACAGUUUUGAGGAAGCUUGCUUUUGGAAGCUUGGACAAGGAUCCUUUUAUAAGCCACUUUGCCAAACCUUUGUAUGACAUGUUUUACAGGUAUUGGAAAGAUUGUUAUGUGGAUUUAACCAUGGCAGUAGUAAUGGAUCCUAGAUAUAAGCUGAGGCUGGUGGAACACUGUUUUCUCAAAAUUUUCGGGAAUGAUUUUAAUACGGCUUUUAACGCUGUUAUGAAGCGUAUAUACGACCUUUAUUUCGAGUACAUGGCACUGAAUAUACAGUUAGUAGAUUUUUCCAUUGACAAUGGUCAAUCAGGUUUGGACAUUUAUAUUUCCACAAUAGAUACCUCCAUUGCGAGCAACAAAGAACUUGAUCAGUAUCUAGAAGAGUCGCUUUUGCCAAGAGACAAACCGGAGUUUAACAUUCUUGAAUGGUGGAAGUUAAACCAAACCAAAUACCCAAAUCUUUCCCAUAUGGCUGCUGACUUAUUAUCAAUACCGUUUGCUACAAUUUCGGGGAAUUCAGUUUUUAGUACAGCAAGCCAGAAGUUGGAUUGUCAGAUGAGCUCCCUGAAGCAUGAUACAUUAGAAGCCCUCAUUUGUGCUAAAAAUUGGUUGCAGCAUGGAGUACAGGAGCAGGAUAGUAAUACAUCCUUAUCAGAUAUCUCAAGAGUUGGUUUAAAGAUGGAAACUCAGUAAGUUUUUUAACUUUGUUUUAGAUCUAAUAUCUCGAUCAUACAAGCUCAAGUUUUGUUUGCAAAUUGCAACCUAACAGCUGUUGGGGGUUUUGCUAGUCACCACUAAUUUCUGCUUCCACAAUUUUGAAGAUAGAAGUAAUUACUAUUAUUUACAAAUUAGGAUUAGAUGUAUUUUUCAUUAUUCUUUCGUUGGAUUCGUUGUAGUUGUAUUACUCCUUUGGUUAAUGUUCUAUGAUCCAAUAGUGGAUCCAAAAAAAUGAUGUCAAUAAUUUAAUUAAAUAAAAAAUUUAUGCAAAACAUUUCA